CAUAAUUCCCCCUCCCCCACUAGUUGUCUCUCAAAAAAAUCUCUCCUCCCUCUCUGUUUCUCAUCAAAUCAAAUCACACAGAGAAAUAUCAAAAAAUGGGUGACGAAGAGAGACAAGUUUUAAUAAAUCAUAGUAAUGAAAAUAAAAAAGAAAUAAAAUUUACAAGAUCAGCAUCAAAUGCAGGAGACGAACUAAAGAGUUUUAGAUCAUGUUUAAGAUGGAUGUGUGUAGAUCAAUCUGAUCCAUUAAGAGCUGGUUUAUCAUGGUCAUUAUUUUUCUUGUUAGGAAUUGCUGUUCCCAUAUUAUCUCAUUCUUUCUUAGCUUGUAAAGAUUGUGAUGCCACUCAUCAUAGACCUUAUGAUGCUAAUGUUCAAUUAUCUCUAUCUGCUGUUGCUGCUCUUUCUUUUAUUUGUCUUUCUAAAUUUAAUCGAAAAUAUGGUCUUCGGAGAUUUCUAUUCCUCGAUAAACUUUGUGGAGAAAGCGAAAGAGUUCGCCAAGGUUACCAUUUUCAACUCCAGAGAUCAAUGAAGCUAUUGGCUUGCUUUGUUCUGCCAUGCUUUGCUGCUGAGUGUUCUUACAAGAUAUGGUGGUACAGCUCAGGGGCGAGUCAAAUUCCAUUCCUUGGCAACGUUUAUCUAAGCGAUGCAACAGCGUGCAUUUUGGAACUGUUUUCAUGGCUGUAUCGAACAACCAUAUUUUUCCUAGUGUGUGUCUUAUACCGUUUGAUCUGUUACCUCCAAAUACUGAGACUGCAAGACUUCACUAAAGUUUUUCAAGAGGAAUCGGAGGUAGAAUCCGUUUUGAAGGAACAUCUUAGGAUUAGAAGGCAACUGACUGUCAUAAGUCAUCGGUACCGUGGAUUCAUCAUGUUGGCCUUAGCCUUUGUCACUGCCAGUCAAUUUGCAGCUUUGCUCAGCACUACUCGAACAAACGCCAAUCUUAACAUCUUCAUGGCUGGAGAGCUUGCUCUAUGUUCGAUGACAUUAAUGGCAGGGGUUUUCAUACUGCUGCGUAGUGCCACAAAAAUCACACAUAAGGCGCAAUCCAUAACGAGUUUGGCUGCCAAAUGGCAUAUUUGUGCAACUUUAGAUUCAUUUGAAGGUAUCGAUGGUGAGACACCAAGGGCUCCGAUCUCAACAUGUGGACAACAAAGGGUGUCCACUGUUUUUGCCGGUAGUUCUGGUGAAUCGGACGAAGAAAGCGUAGAUGGAGAUGAUCACGAAACAAAAAUCAUACUUCCAAGUUAUACGCAUACCAUUUGUUUCCAGAAAAGACAAGCUUUAGUGACUUAUUUCGAGAACAAUCGAGCAGGGAUAACGGUGUUCGGAUUCAUGUUGGAUAGGACAUUGUUGCACACAAUUUUUGGGAUAAGUUUGUCCUUGGUUCUAUGGUUGCUCGGAAAGACUAUUGGAAUUUCAUAAGUUCUUUGCUAGAGCAGCUAGAAAUGAAGGAAGAAGUCCGAAGAUGAACAAUACAUAUGUAUCAUUCUGUAAAUUAGAUUCUAAGAGGCAUUAUUUAUGUUGUGUGAUUGCGUUUACGUGGGUUUGUAAGUUACUACAAUUACUUUUUGCUCUAAAUCUUUGUAUAUUUCACUAAAAUGUUUCUGAUGUUAGUGAAGGAAGUUUUAUUUGUGGGAGUUGAUUAUCUAUAGAUUUUGGAAGCCUUAGAGCGUCUCCAA